AUGCAACUGUUUCUCUCUUUUUUGCUAUUAAUUAUUUGUUUUUUCUCUUUUGCCAAUUCUCGACAGUGCUGGGCUUUUGCAGAUUAUGAAUAUGAGGGAACACUUCAGAAUUCUGACAAGGUAAAGAUGACUUGUCCUGGAGACUACUGCAUGACACUUUCUGAGCAAGGUAGUGACUUCAAUGUUUAUAAUGGAACUUGCCCAGAUGCGUCCGUAAAAAUCACAGAUUGCCAGACAAAUGGAGUCGGAUGUCAGAAGGAAACCAUUGGCGGAGUCUAUGUAAAAAAAUCUACCAUCUCAAUGAAGAAACCCCUUCAAAUAACUUACCAAGUUGCUCUCUGGCAUGAUGUAGGAGAUAUCAUCCCAUGGAUGGCGGUAGAGACCUUGCUUGAGACGAGAUUGAUCAAGAUAGUGACCGAUAAAUCCAAUAGAUCUGCCCAAUACAAAAAGUCCAUUCAAAGAUCCGAUCUCAAUGGUCUCCUCGGCUUCCGCCUUGGUGAACAUUCCGCUGUGGCGGAGGAUAUCAACGAACAAGAUUGCAAUCGCUCCGUCGACAUUGAGGAUGAGAUUUGGUUUUUUAGCAGUGGUGAUCUUCUCGACUUCCAAGGCGUACUCAAAGAGUGGUGUCUCUUGAGCAAACUCUUUCUUGUCCAUUGCAAAGCGUUUCAAGAUUUCCACACGCUUGUCGGGGUUGUUAAUCUGAAAAUUGUGGCUUGA